AUGGGACGGCGCGCGGCGGGCGCGGCGACUGGCGCAGGCGGCGCGGGCGGCGCGGGCCGGCGGCUGACGCUGGACGUGCUGGAGGUGCCGGCCGUGGUGGACGUGCGCGAGGACGCCACGCUGCGCUGCCACUUCGACGUGGGCUCCGAGCGCCUCUACUCCGUCAAGUGGUACAAGGACGAGUUCGAGUUCUACCGCUUCAUGCCCGACAACAUGCCGCCCAGCCAGGUCUUCCCGGUGCCCGGCGUCACGCUCAAGGUGAGUUUGCUUCGCUGUCUGCGCACGCCCUCUACAGCUGACUAG